ACAGGCUUCACUGAUCGCAUUAGAGAGCUUCUGGGCUACUGUGUCGUAUAUUCCAUCUCUUGAGACUCAUAUUGCUUCGGAGCAGAAGGAUGAAGUCUGCUCUCUUAUUUGCUUUAGUAGCCGUUCUAACUUCCGAGGCUGCCAAGCUGCCUUCUACAAUUAAACUUUGCAGGAAAAAAGACCCGAAUAUGAAUGAGUGUCUAAGAGCUUCCAUUAAAAAUGCCAUUAGAGAAAUGAAAUCUGGACUUCCAGAAAUUCAGUUGAUUCCUGUGGACCCUCUAUUUAUGACUAAGGUCACGAUUCAGGAUGGAGCUGGAAGACCAGUGAAUAUUAAUCUUGAGCUGAAUAAUGUGAAGAACUCAGGGUUCAGUGAGAGCGAUAUCGAAGCCGCCAGAAUUGACUUUGACAAGCACAUCAUAGAAGCAGACGUCUUCUUAAAGUUUUCGAAACUGGAGGCCGACUAUGUGAUGAAUGGAAAAUUUUUGGUGCUUCCUAUUAAAGGAAACGGGAAGUGCAUAAUGGAAUUCACUGGAUUGAAUACGACAUUGCGAUUGAGAGCCGAACCAAUGACACGCAAUGGCAAAUCUUACUGGAAUGUGGUAUACUUUGGAAUAAAUAUAAACAGCUUGCAAGACUUAAAAAUAAAUUUUGAUAAUCUCUUCAAUGGGGAUAAAUUGUUGAGUGAUAGCACAAACCUAGUCCUGAAUGAAAACUGGAAACAAUUCUGGGCAGAGCUGAAACCAUCAUUUGAAGAAACUUACGCAGAAGCAUUCUUGCAGUUAUCGAAAACCGUUUUCGGUAAAGUCGCAGAAAAUGACAUAUUUUUGGACUAAAUAAAAUGUAUAGGCGCAGCAUAACGUAUCUUACAAGAAAUUAUGUACAAGAGACACAUAAUGCUGAUAUGGAUUUGUUAUUAAUGUAUAAACAUAUAUUCAUUUCGACAUUACGUAUUUUUCAUACGUUCUUGACAUUUCGAUAUAAGAUGCGCACGACGUGUUAUUUUCUGAAUAUGUACCAGUUUUCAUCAAGAAGUGAACUGUAUAAUAAAAAAAAACAAUAUUAGGACUAAAAUAUUCUAAAGGCGCAGAUACAAAA